AUGCCUGUAAGCAUUAUCUCAAAACAAAGGGAAUAUGGCAAUUUUGAUACUCACUUUUUUAGUGGGCAAGACGAAGUAGGGAAAGAUGGAAUUUUGCGGAUUAGUUCUGAAUAUAGAGCAAAGUCUCAGUACCCUUCUUUUCUUCCUACAUGGAAUCCUAAACAUAAGUAUGAUCAUUUAGAGUUUCAUGAAUAUUUUGAUCCUGCUUUGAAGGCAGAUCCUGAAUUUCCUAACCUUCUAGGGAAGCAUAGACCGCAAAUUGCGCGCAAAAUAACUCCAAAAUUUGGUACUGAGAUUAAUGGAAUUCAGUUAACAGAGUUAGAUGACAAUGGUAAAGAUGAGCUUGCUCUCUUAGUGGCUCAAAGGGGUGUUGUCAUUUUUAGAAACCAAAAUUUUGCUUCGAAAGGACCGCAGUAUGUAGUAGAGUAUGGAAAGUACUUUGGCCGACUACACAUUCAUCAAACAUCUGGAGCACCUGAAGGACAUCCUGAGCUUCACAUCACUUUUCGCAGACCCGAUCAUUCGGAAUUUGAAAGAGUUUUUGGAGACAAUAUAACAUCAGUGAAAUUUCAUACGGAUGUAUCAUACGAGUUACAACCACCAUCUUAUACCUUCUUUAGUGUGCUAGAGGGACCUGACGGUGGUGGAGAUACACUAUUCAGUGAUUCUAUCACUGCAUAUGAACGGCCGUCACCCCUUUUUCAAGAAUUUUUGGGGAAGCUUCAUGUAAUCCAUAGCUCCAAAGAGCAAGCAGACAGAGCAAAGCAAAACGGUGGAAUUCAAAGACGUGAUCCUGUCACACAUAUCCAUCCUUUGAUAAGAGUUCAUCCGGUUCUAAAGAAAAAGAGCAUAUUUGUCAAUAGUGCCUUUUCCAGAAGAAUUGUUGAGCUCAAGAAAGCAGAAUCCGACUUAAUAUUGAAAUUUUUAUACGAGCUGGUUGAUAACUCCUUAGAUCUUCAGCUUCGCGCAAAAUGGGAGCCUGGAACUGUAACAAUUUGGGAUAACCGUAGGGCUCACCAUUCUGCUACGAUCGACUGGGAAGAGCCAAUUUCGAGGCAUGCCUUUAGAAUUACACCACAAGGUGAGAGACCUGUUGAAGAUUUAAAGUAUUUGAACGACGAAAAAUAUUAUCCAUCUGAAGCAACAAAGGAUAUAUAA